UGUACAUUUUCAAAGCGGAGCAGACGAUUCGUGGGAAGAACUGCUUCAAAUUUUGCUUUCCAGAUUUUGGGAAAGCAAAAUCUUUAGAAGCAGAGGAUAGAGAGAGAGAGAGAGAGAGAGAGCGCCGGCGAGAAAUGGCCCGGAGACCCGACGACGACUACGAUUACCUCUUCAAAGUUGUGUUAAUCGGCGAUUCCGGCGUUGGGAAAUCCAACUUGCUUUCCCGAUUCACUCGGAAUGAGUUUUGUUUGGAGUCCAAGUCCACCAUUGGCGUCGAAUUCGCCACUCGUACUCUUCAGGUCGAGGGAAGAACCGUGAAAGCACAGAUAUGGGACACGGCUGGUCAAGAGCGAUACAGAGCAAUCACCAGUGCUUACUACAGGGGCGCCCUUGGAGCUCUUCUAGUUUACGACACGACGAAAGCAAUGACUUUCGACAAUGUAAGCCGUUGGUUGAAGGAACUUAGGGACCAUGCAGAUUCCAACAUAGUCAUCAUGUUAAUCGGAAACAAGACCGAUCUGAAACACCUCCGAGCGGUUGCGACAGAGGAUGCUCAGAGCUACGCCGAGAAAGAAGGGCUAUCUUUCCUUGAAACUUCUGCUCUUGAAGCAACAAACGUGGAGAAGGCUUUCCAAACUAUUCUCUCAGAGAUAUAUAGGAUAAUCAGUAAGAAGUCCCUCAAUUCGAAUGAGCCAGCUGCUGCUAGCAGCAUUAAAGAAGGAAAAACCAUUGUGGUUGGGGAAUCUGAGGCCAAUACAAAGAAAUCUUGCUGCUCCUCUUCUUAACUUCAUCAAAUAUUUCAACAAUUUUUGUAACUCUCCCUCUCUCUCUCUCUUUUGUCCUUUGUCUUCUGCAUGUUCAUUUCUGUCUGGUUACCAACUCUAUUCUAUUAUUUGUUUGCUUGAUUGGAUUAUGAUGAUGUAUAAUUUACAUAUAAUUUAUAUUCUACUUAGAUUUAUUAUUA